GGCUAGAGCCUCGCCCAGCUCUGACUGUGUGACACACACACACACACACACACACACACAGUGCAGCGGUCGGUCCCAUCCAGUCAAGGUGCGACUCUGGUGCUGCUUUUCCACGAACUCCGGCUCCAGCCGUUGAAGAGCGUGAAGCCGCCUCUAGGUCGUCAUUAUGUCAGGAAUGGCAACUCGGAUCAAGAAGGAGAGGGGGAAGACGGCGGGGAUCGGUUCCCACGGGCAGCCCGUGAAAUUCCUCAACCAGGAUUUCGAAGCGCUGCGGCAGCAAUGCUUGGAGACGGGGACUCUGUUCUGCGACGAGACCUUCCCUGCCUGUCCUUCAUCUCUGGGCUUCAAUGAAUUGGGUCCAGGUUCAUACAAAACCAGAGACGUCGAGUGGAAACGCCCAACGGAUCUGAGUGCAGACCCCAAGUUUAUUAUUGGAGAGGCAUCACGCACGGAUAUCUGCCAGGGAGCACUAGGUGACUGCUGGCUUUUGGCUGCUAUUGCAUCACUGACUCUGAAUAAUGAGGUUCUCUGCAAGGUUGUUCCGAGUGGGCAAGAAUUUGACUCUGAAUAUGCCGGAAUCUUCCAUUUCCAGUUCUGGCAGUAUGGCGAAUGGGUGGAUGUGGUGAUUGAUGACAGGUUGCCCGCAAAGGAUGAUCAGCUGAUGUUUGUGCACUCUGCUUCUGGCAAUGAGUUUUGGAGUGCCCUGCUGGAGAAAGCCUACUCAAAGUUAAAUGGAUCAUAUGAAGCACUUUCUGGAGGAUCCACCACUGAAGGGUUUGAAGAUUUUACAGGAGGAAUUGCAGAGUGGUACGAAUUGGACAAAGCACCAAGCAACCUCUUUAAAAUCAUUAAAAAGGCACUAAGAUGCGGCUCACUCCUUGGCUGUUCGAUUAAUAUCACCAGUUCAGCAGAGACAGAAGCAAUUACUUCACAAAAGUUGGUUAAGGGCCAUGCUUACUCUGUCACUGGAGCAGAAACAGUGAAUUAUCAAGGUGAUGAAGAGAAACUGAUCCGAAUCAGGAACCCUUGGGGUCAAGUGGAAUGGACUGGAAGCUGGUGUGACGAGGCACCUGAGUGGGAUUGCAUCCCUGGUGAAGAAAGAGAUCGACUGUGUGAUGAAUCCGAAGAUGGAGAAUUCUGGAUGUCAUUUACCGACUUUCUCCAGAAUUUCUCACGAGUGGAAAUCUGCAAUCUCACUCCUGACACACUUAGCAGUGAUGAAGUUCACAAGUGGAGCAUGAUGAUAUAUAAUGGCACUUGGAGGUCUGGAUCUACUGCAGGAGGAUGUCGAAACUAUCCAAGAACAUUUUGGACAAACCCUCAAUUUAAAAUCCAGCUGGAUGAAGCAGAUGAUGAUCCUGCAGAUGACGACGAUAAAUGUAGCUUUCUGGUUGGCGUGAUUCAGAAGAAUCGUAGAAAGCAAAGAAAAAUGGGUCAAGACAUGCAUACUAUAGGCUUUGCUAUCUAUGAGGUCCCUGACGAGUAUAAAGACCGAACUAAUAUUCAGCUGAGGAGAGAUUUUUUCAUGACACAUGCAGCCAGCGCGAGAUCUGAAACCUUCAUCAAUCUGCGAGAGGUCAUGAACCGUCUUGCUCUUGAACCUGGACAGUAUUUCAUUGUACCAUCCACUUUUGAGCCACAUAAAAAUGGAGAUUUUGCAAUUCGUGUAUUUACAGAGAAACAAACUGAUGUUCAAGUGAUAGAUGUUGAGGUUGAUGCAAGACUGGAAGAUGAGGAGGUUGAUGAAGAGGACAUUAGUGCUGAUUUUGAGACUUUGUUUGGUCAUUUAGCAGGGCAGGAUAAAGAGAUUUCUUCCUUUGAGCUACAAAGAAUACUGAACAGAAUUGUGUCUAACAGGGAUGACAUUAAAAGUGAUGGUUUCAGUUUGGAAACCUGUCGAAAUAUAAUCAGUCUGUUGGAUUACGAUGCAUCUGGAAAAAUUGGACUAGUGGAAUUCAAAACAUUUUGGAUCAAAUUACAGAAGCUUCUGAGAAUCUUUAAGAAGAUGGAUGUUGAUUGCUCUGGUACCAUGAGUUCACAUGAAAUGAGAAUGGCACUUGAAGAAGCAGGUUUCACUCUGAACAAUGCACUGAUUCAGAUCCUUGUUGCCCGUUAUGCAAACAAUGAGCUUCUCAUCGACUUUGAUAACUUUGUUGGCUCUUUAAUCCGUUUGGAAACCAUGUUCAGAAUAUUUAAGCAAUUAGACCAGGAUGAUGAGGGAUAUACUGAACUGGAUAUAUUUCAGUGGUUGAGUUUGGUACUAAACUGAUGUCCAGCUGCAAGAAGUCAGACUUUGACCAGUCAACAGACACUCACCGCAGACAUGUCUAAGCAAUAAUGGAAAAAUGGGAAUUACUUAUUGGCAUCAUGAAUACGUAUGGAGUGAGGGAAUAUGGUUGUUUGCUUUCUUUUAGUGCAUUGCUGUCAUGUACUUUAUUCAACAUUUUUGGGGGGCAAUGAAUUAACCAAUCAGAACUCAUAUUUCCUGAAGAGUAUUUUAAUCUUUGUAUAAGACAAUGUUUGGAUUGCUGAGAAUGUGUCUUUCAUUACAAUUAUUAAUCCGCUCAGUUUCUUUUAAAACCCAAAGCAUUUAAACUUCACACUACUUCUAAAAAUAGGUCUGCAAAUGCAGAUAUGAAGCCAAUGCCGAGAUCUGCAGAUGAGUAGAAUCAGGAUUACAGUUUUGGAUACAAUAUUUCAAAUGCAAAUGUAAUAUUCAAACUGAAGUGGGGAAAAAAAACCAUGGAAAACAUGUCUGGGUGCAUGUACUUUGUUACUAAUUAGGUACUCAAAGAAUGGUAAUUGCUAUCAUUUAUUUUAAAAUUAUAAUGGAUAUGGAAACUGAGUGGUUUUUGCAGAGCUGUGUGCUUAAUAUAAUCAGAAAUAUUAAAUUGCUUUUAACAAAAACUGUACCUGAAAAUUAAACAGUACGUGGGAAA